AAGAAUUCAGAAGCCAACAGUCAUGAAAGCACGGCAUCUUCUGUGCGUGCUCCUUUUCGGGGUUAGCAUUGCAGCAGUUCAACCGAGAAGUACGCCAAAAAUUCAAGACGUUCGGUUGCGAGAUCUCCUUAACGCGCUCGACAAAUACGUCACAAAUCAGAAAGACUUACAGUCACGUGGGUCCAAUGGAGCAGAAGAUCCUUUGGAGAAGGACGUUUUAAGUACAGAGGAUGAGAACGACGCAGAGAGACAGACGGUCAUUGUGGGGGACAAAGAGUUGAAGCCCAACAACGUCCAUGUCAACGAACAACAAGCGAAUGAUGACAACAAAGACAGACACCCCCGACCCCCGGUAAAUCCACCCGUUGUAGGGGUCAAAAAGGCUAUUCAAGCAAGAAAUUUCGGAAUUUCGUCAAGUUUUCUUUGGGAAAAUGGCGUGAUCCCAUAUGAGAUCGACGCAAAUUCUUUCGGGACCCGACUCAGUCAAGCCACCACACUUAUAGAAAAUAUGGUGGCACAUAUUGCACAAACCACAUGUGUCAGGUGGAGACUCAAAACUGCCGAUGAUGCGUACUUUGUGAAAAUCACAGGCGAUCAGAAUGGGUGUUGGUCCUACGUCGGCAAUGUUAAAUUCUCUGGAGGUCAAGGACUCAAUCUCGGUCAAGGAUGCUUAGAUGAAUACGUAGUUCUACACGAAUUGCACCAUGCUAUGGGAGGUCUUCAUGAACAGCAGAGAAACAGGAGGAAAUACUUCGUGAAGAUCAACUGGGAGAAUAUACAGAGUGCUUACAACGACCAGUACGCUCUCAGUGCCCAGACAAAGAACAACGAGGUGUACGACUACGCCUCCAUUCUGCAGUACCACUUGACGGCUUUUACAUCAAAUGGCAAGAACACAAUGACAAUACCAGACCAGGACUUGGAGUAUCUCAUUUCCAACUUCAAGAGCGGGUUUUCCUUUUACGACAUGGCGGAAGUCAACCAGGUUUAUAGCUGUCCUUCCGCAUCGUGCACAGUUUCCUGUCAAAAUGAGGGUUUCCGAAUGCAAGCUGUGGACAAAACCACGUGUGAAUGCCAGUGUCCCUCGGGUCUCAAGGGCACAACGUGUGAGGAACUCGACACAGACGCAGAUUGUGGAAAAAUCAUUAAUCUCUCCAAUGGUGGAUCAGAAGAAAUCAAAAUGACGUCAUAUACCCAAGGAAAAACAUGCACGUGGCUGGUCAAGGGGGAGUCUGAUUCCAUUAUCAAAGCAACUGUGACGUCAGUCGACCUGCCAUUCAGCUCACAGAACGACUGCUACCAUUGGUUAGAAUUCAGAGACUAUCUGAUUGGAGACGAGGGAAAAGAAUUGUGUGGACAGUCUACAACAACUAAAACAUACACACAGGCUAACAUUGGGAAGGCGUCGCCAUUUAUGAUUCAAUUCAACAGUCAAAAAACUCAAACACCAGGAACUGGCUUCACCGUAAAAGUGGAAGCCAUGAAAUCAGGAUGUAUCAGUUCUCCCUGUAAAACAGGAUCUCUCUGUACCGAGGGGAGCGGUGACGGAUCGUACACCUGCUCCUGUCAAAAUGGCCUCUCGGGCAAAAACUGCGACGAGUUCAGAGCGCCAUCUUACAACCUGUGUGACCACGAGGACGAUUUCGGCACGUGUUUGUUUGACCAGGACCCUUCAUCCGAUAUUGGUUGGAACUUCAAUACGAGGCUGUGUGACUGGCGGGGCUGUGGGUCAGGAGUUCUGACCAGAGGGACCGGAUACCAGUUCCUCACCCUCACACCCUACUACGACGGGGUACCAUGGAAUUAUGGGUCGAAAGCAGCCAUUAAAACCUCUGCACAAUUAACUGCUGUUGACCGCUGUCUAUCAUUCGACUACUCCCUCGGUAAUUAUGAACAAGGCAGUUUUUUAACCGAGAUCAACGUGUAUGUGGAAGGAACCGGAAAGACUAAAACUAACGUCAAAAACCUGAAAACGACCACAGAUUAUACCUGGAAGACGGAAACUGUGUCCAUUUCAGCUGUUGACAACUUAGUGAUCUACAUAGAAGGAGUAAUAGGACCUCAGCUGAUCGGAGUCGAUAACAUAUCCCUCCGCCCCGGACUCUGCACAAACACCCCCUGUAAUCCUAACCCAUGUCUGAAUAGUGGAACCUGUGACGAAUCAAACCCGCCGACCGGAUCUAAGUACGUCUGUACUUGUCCUACAGGAUUCUCUGGAGACCGUUGCGAAACCUCAGUUACAACAAACCCCUGUGACAGCAACACGUGUCAGAACGGUGCAACCUGUGUUACGGACGCAACCAAAACAGACGGGUACAGGUGUGACUGUGCAACAGGAUUCACGGGAGAUAAAUGUGAAACCCCAGUCACAACAAAUCCCUGUGACAGCAACACUUGUCAGAAUGGUGCAACCUGUGUUUCGGACGCAACCAAAACAGACGGAUACAGGUGUGAUUGUGCAACAGGAUUCACGGGAGAUAAAUGUGAAACCACAGUGCCUACCAACCCUUGUGACAGCAACACUUGUCAGAACGGUGCAACCUGUGUUGCGGACGCAACCAAAACUGAUGGAUACAGGUGUGACUGUGCAACAGGAUUCACAGGAGAUAAAUGCGAUGUCCCGACCAACCCCUGUGACAGCAACACUUGUCAGAACGGUGCAACCUGUGUUGCGGACGCAACCAAAACAGACGGGUACAGGUGUGAUUGUGCAACAGGAUUCACGGGAGAUAAAUGUGACACCCCAGUGCCUACCAAUCCCUGUGACAGCAACACUUGUCAGAACGGUGCAACCUGUGUUGCGGACGCAACCAAAACUGAUGGAUACAGGUGUAAUUGUGCAACAGGAUUCACGGGAGAUAAAUGUGACACCCCAGUGCCUACCAACCCAUGUGACAGCAACACUUGUCAGAACGGUGCAACCUGUGUUGCGGACGCAACCAAAACAGACGGGUACAGGUGUGAUUGUGCAACAGGAUUCACGGGAGAUAAAUGUGACGUCACUGUCAACCCGUGUGACAACAAUGACUGUCAGAAUACCGCCUCCUGUGUUGCUGACGCUACGGACUCUAAAGGCUACCGAUGUCUCUGUCCAUCAGAAUUCUCUGGGGAUAAGUGUGAAAUUCAAGAUUACUGUUAUGAUUUCCCGUGCAAGAACGGUGGAACGUGUACAUCCGGGACAGCUACCUAUUUCUGUCAAUGCACGAGCGACUACACGGGACCAACAUGUGACACAUCCGUCACCAUAGACUACUGUAACCCGUCCCCCUGUCUAAAUGGCGCCUCCUGUAGUUCCUAUGACUUCGGCUAUUACUGCGAUUGUCCAUCAGGCUUUUCGGGAGAUAAGUGUGAGAUUCCUGUAACGAAUAAUUUCUGCGACUCGUCUCCAUGCAAUAAUGGUGGAACAUGUCAUACAGAUGAUUUUGGCUCUUACUGUAUCUGCCCCAUGGACUUCUCGGGAGAUUUGUGUGAGAUCGCGAUAACGGACCACUGCUCUUCAUAUCCCUGUAUAAAUGGCGGAACUUGUUUGUCCUAUGAUACAGACUUCUACUGCGCAUGUCCUGAAGGCUAUACAGGACAAACAUGUGAAAUCCCCUUUAAUGAUGCCUGUCUAAGCGACCCUUGCCAAAACGGCGGAAGUUGUAUAAACACACCAGGGGAUGUAAACCCGUACUUAUGUGAUUGUCAGCAAGGUUUCCUUGGACAGAAUUGUGAAGGUUUCUCCUGUGACUUUGAGAGAUGGAGAGAACCAAGCUGUUUUAUGAGGACGAAGAGAGUGCGGGGAUGGUCAAGGAGAAAUAGAAGGACGCCCUCGUGGGGUACUGGCCCCAGCAGUGCUUACAGCGGCCGCUACUUUUUCUAUUUCGAGGCAUCUGGACAAAGAAGAAAUGGACGAUACAACGUUUUCAGCAAUGUUCCAUUUCAAAACGGCACCCACUGCCUGAGUCUCCAGUAUCACAUGUGGGGCAGCAACAACGGUAUGGGCAGCUUCCUGGUGCUCACGUACUCACCCGGCCUCGGCUUCACACAAGAGUUCAGGGUCAAUGGUAACCAAGGAAACCAGUGGAAUUUUCUGGAACUCGACCUCAAUCUGGACGAAUCAACCAAGGUUGUCAUCCGGGCCAUCCGAGGACGCUCAUAUAAAAGUGAUAUAGCCAUCGAUGACGUCACACUCAUGCCGUACCCUUGCAAUGGUACAACAACUUCAACAACUACCAUGCCACUUCCGGCUUAGCAGAAUCACAGAGGACGAAGUUCAUUAUUUUAUUGUAAACGAAUCGUGUUUUUUUAGCUUAUCGGGAAAUUUUUUAACUUUAUUGUAAUUUUUAGAAUAGUAUUUCAAUUAUCUUUUUCCAUAAUAUUAUCUUUCAUCAGAUUUAUGCAGUUUUCUAUGUUUAUUGGAAAAAGAAAAACAUUCCGCAUAACACAAUUUAAAAAAAUGAAACUGAUUUGUAGAAAAAAAAUUGUAUUAUUAUUUCAUGUGAUUAUUUUAUGUUUCUGUUCACUAACUUUCAAGUGACACAAUGGUGGCAAUAAUUACUCUAUGAGCUAAAAAUAGCCUUUAAAAAAAUGUUAUAUAACCUUGAUGUUGAGUUUUCUUCAUUUUAGUAUUUUAUAGAGGUUUUUGUGCAUCAUAUGAAAUAAGAAAAAUCAUUUGAUC